AUGAGAAGCAUCACGAUAUCGAGCAGCAAUGAGUUUAUUGAUUUGAUGAAGAUCAAAGUCGCAGCUCGUCACAUCUCUUACCGAACUCUCUUCCACACAAUCUUAAUCCUCGCUUUCUUGUUGCCUUUCGUCUUCAUCCUAACCGCUGUUGUUACCCUUGAAGGUGUCAACAAGUGCUCCUCCAUUGAUUGUUUAGGGAGGCGGUUAGGACCACGUCUUCUUGGUAGGAUAGAUGAUUCAGAGCAGAGACUAGUUAGAGACUUUUACAAAAUUCUAAACGAAGUAAGCACUCAAGAUAUUCCAGAUGGUUUAAAGCUUCCAGAUUCUUUUAGUCAACUUGUUUCGGAUAUGAAGAACAACCACUACGAUGCAAAAACGUUUUCCCUCGUGCUUCGAGCCAUGAUAGAGAAGUUUGAAAGGGAUAUAAGGGAAUCUAAAUUUGCGGAGCUUAUGAACAAACACUUUGCAGCAAGUUCGAUUCCGAAAGGAAUCCACUGUCUCUCUUUAAGGCUAACCGAUGAAUAUUCCUCCAACGCUCAUGCUCGGAGACAGCUUCCUUCCCCGGAGUUUCUCCCUCUUCUCUCAGAUAACGCCUAUCACCAUUUUAUUCUCGCUACAGACAAUAUCUUGGCUGCAUCGGUUGUGGUCUCAUCCGCUGUUCAGUCAUCUUCAAAACCUGAGAAAAUUGUCUUCCAUGUUAUCACAGACAAGAAAACCUAUGCGGGUAUGCAUUCUUGGUUUGCGCUUAAUUCAGUCGCUCCUGCGAUCGUUGAAGUCAAAAGUGUUCAUCAGUUCGACUGGUUAACAAGAGAGAAUGUUCCGGUUCUCGAAGCUGUGGAAAGCCAUAACGCUAUCAGAAAUUAUUACCAUGGGAAUCAUAUCGCUGGUGCAAACCUCAGCGAAACAACUCCUCGAACAUUUGCUUCGAAACUGCAGUCAAGAAGUCCCAAAUACAUAUCUUUACUCAACCAUCUUAGGAUCUAUCUACCAGAGCUUUUUCCGAACUUAGACAAGGUAGUGUUCUUAGAUGAUGAUAUUGUGAUUCAGCGAGAUUUAUCUCCGCUCUGGGAUAUUGACCUUAACGGGAAGGUUAAUGGAGCUGUGGAGACUUGUCGAGGAGAAGACGAAUGGGUUAUGUCAAAGCGUCUUAGGAACUACUUCAAUUUCUCUCACCCGCUCAUUGCAAAACAUUUGGAUCCCGAAGAAUGUGCUUGGGCUUAUGGAAUGAACAUCUUCGAUCUACGGACUUGGAGGAAGACAAAUAUCAGAGAAACUUAUCAUUCUUGGCUUAAAGAGAAUCUGAAGUCGAAUCUAACGAUGUGGAAACUGGGGACAUUGCCUCCAGCUCUAAUUGCAUUUAAAGGUCAUGUUCAGGCAAUAGAUUCGUCUUGGCAUAUGCUUGGAUUAGGUUAUCAGAGCAAGACCAACUUAGAAAGUGUGAAGAAAGCUGCAGUGAUUCACUACAAUGGCCAAUCAAAGCCGUGGCUCGAGAUAGGUUUCGAGCAUCUCAGGCCAUUCUGGACGAAAUAUGUUAACUAUUCCAAUGAUUUCGUUAAGAAUUGUCAUAUCUUGGAAUAG